AUGUCGGAGGCCUGGCAAGGUGUCAUUGACGCGGAUCUGAGGUACCUCGCGCAGCUGCGCUAUCCAGACCUCUCAGCAAAUGACGCGUACGUCGCAUAUUGUACCGACAUCGUUGAGUCUGUAGCGGGUGCUGCGGGCCCUGUCUUUGAUACCGCACUGGACUUGGCAGAGAUCUUCUUUCUGAUAAAGUGUCCUGAACUGCUCCGCUACACCCAAGUGGGCCGCCUAAGCAAGAAGGGGGUGGAAAAGCUCAUCGACUAUUUCCGGGGCCUUUCGGCAGAUCCUCAGUCUACGCUUGGCAAUCUUACGGCAGACAAGAAAGAGAUCUCUACUCAGCUUGCCUCCAACAUUGUUAAGCAACUUGAGUCCAGUGCACUGGGCCAGGCAACCGCGGUCACCAAUGGCGUUGGCACAGCGGCUGCGGGUGCCAGCCUUUCCGGCGAAAGCGGGACGAAUAUUCAGGAAGUCGUCGCGGACAAUACCAGUGCUCAAGCUACGUCGGCAGCUUCUGCCAGCUCUGGCCCUGCGGAGUCAUUCCUCGAUCGCAUCAACUACCUGGAAUGCUGGAACACAGCGUUGCGAACGAUCCAGACUGCCCAGGCGCAGCAGAUCAUCAGGGCCCUAAAUGUCAUCGCCGACCAUCUCGGCGACAGGAACUGCAUCGCUGUGAUGGGCGCUGGAGGUCCCGAUGGCUUCGCCCGGCCGAUCUACGACCUGAUCAAAAUGAAGAUCAACAAGAUUGACGCGGCGGACCGCAAGAAUCAUCGCUUCUUCAUCUACCAUGACUCAAACAAUUGGCACCCAGCAUUCGAAAGGUUGACACGCGAGAACACAUUGCCGUCGCAAUUUGUCAAUAACCCUUGCGAUGACCUCGACCAUGUUUGUCUGUUCAUGCGUGAAGUCAGACAAAAACUUAUCGCGAAGGACGAAAAACUUGGAAAGGCCAUUACUUUCCACCUACUCAUCCCCUCGUGGUCUAAACUCCAGAUCAAGGAGCCGCUUCAUUUUCCAGAGGACCUCUACCCAUUGCAGAUUGAGGGGCUGAAGCACGGAGGUCAGGACCAAGUCGAGCUGAAUCUCCCAAGAGCACCCGUUGGGCUUCUCCACGGGGUGUCGAAUGUUCUUGAUCCCAACCACUGGAACACAAUAGCAGGGGGCACCAGUGCCGCGGUAACAGUUCAAACUGUAGGCUGGGGAAUAAACGGCGCAUGCCUUGCUGUGGGUAUCGGUCUGGGCACUCUUACAGGCGCUGGCAUGCUCCUUGCUGCUCCAGUAUGGGUGGGGAGCGCAGCGCUUGCUAUGCCCGCAUCAGCUCCGGUCAUAGAAGAAACCAUUUACGAUGCGCUACGUGAAGAGGACCCGAGGGUGCUGGGGUCUAAGGAACGCCUGCCAAGGCGUCGUUGA